AUGCUCUUCCGCUCUCUCCUCGUCCUUACCUCUCUUGCAGCUGUUGCGCAAUGCCAGAACAUUGUCCUCACCAACGAUGACGGGUGGGCCACUGCUCAGAUUCGUGCUCAAAACGACGCUCUCGAUGCAGCUGGGUUCAAUGUCGUCCUGUCUGCACCCGCAGAAAACGAGUCUGGCACUAGCUCAGACUCGGCACCACCUACCCCGUUGACUGAGCCUUGUGAGUUCAAUACGUGCCCUACUGGAUCGUCAGCGGAAGGCUUCAACGCCAGCAAUCCUCGUCUCAACUGGGUCAACUCUUUCCCCGUCGAUGCUGUCCGUUUCGGCAUCCAGACUCUCAGUCCGCAGUUCUUCGGCGGUCUGCCGGAGUUCGUUGUUUCUGGCCCCAACAUUGGGACGAACCUAGGUUCGGGUAUUACUGGAUCUGGCACAGUGUAUGUACCUGGAGCAGCCUGCGAGGCCGCGAAAGAGGGCAUUCCAUCGACGGCGUUCUCCGGCACUUCUACUUCUCAAGUGUCAUUCACGACGCUCGAGACUUCCCCUGACUCCACCGCAACUCUCGCGGCGCUCGCCUACUCUCAGCUCACUACCACGUUUGUCGAGGCCCUCCUUGCAUCGUCUGCCCGGCCCAUCCUUCCCGCCAAUACAACGAUCAACGUCAAUUUCCCUUCGACCUCCGGCUGCCCCUCUGUCUCCGACUUCAACUUCGUCUUCACCCGCCUCGUUGCGAACUCUAGUGCCACAGAUGUGACUACCUGCGGCACCGACCACCUCCCGGACGAGACAACCGUGGUACACAGCUCCGGGUGCCAUGUCAGUGUGACUGUCAUCGAUGCCAACGCUAAGACGGAUGUGGAUGCGACUAGACAGGCUGCCGUUCUGGACAGGAUCUCCGGACUGUUGACUUGCUUCUAG